CACGGGGCGGCGGCUACAAUCCAUCAAGCCUCUGUGCUUGGGCACUGGGCGCUCCUCUGCCCGAUCAUCCAUGAAGGAUUCCAGGUUCGAUUCCCUUCUCGGCCUAUGUCUUCCUCUCCUAUAUCAGUGAUAUCCAACAUACGAGGGUCAUCCCCGGGACAACCAUGACUGAUCUAUGCCACUUCUGCAGCGAAAUCAAUUUUGACGCUCUCAGAAACCCCUUGAAAUCAGACCUUCCUGCCAUUGCCAACAACCGAAUUGACUGCAACCGACACCCUUUCAGAAACAAGCGCGACGAGGCUCACAAACCAACCCCCCUCGGAACAUUCGGCGAGCUCCUCCAGCGAGCUCAAACAUGUCGACUCUGUGAACUAACCGCCGAAAUCAUAUCUCGGCAGAAUGGAUCCCGAGCCGAAGGCUUUCAAGUGCAAAAACAUGAGACCUGUCGGGCGAUGACAUCUUUUUAUGGCGACUAUAACACUCCCGGGGGCGCGGUUUUCUGGACUCGUUGGCUGUCCAUCCUCAUUGGGGACGGUUUAGAUACAGAGAUCGACCAACAAAAAGACCUGUAUGGGGCUUUCCAGGCCUGCGACAUUGAUGCAACAACCGUUGUGGUGGAUGGGCGGUUUCUAGACCCACGUCCAGAGGUGGAUAUGACGGUCUUCGGUGGACGUCGACGACCCUUGCAGCUGGAUCUAUCAUGGGUCCGCAGCUGGGUUCAACUCUGUCAGGAUCACCAUGGACAAGCCUGCGAGUUGGCGGACGUUGACCCCCAGUCUAGACUCGACUUGAUCCGUUUUGUAAAUGCUCGAGACAGAUGCGUUGAAACACUAACCAACGUCAGACUAUCGGAAACUCCAUAUCUCGCGCUCAGUUAUGUCUGGGGCGGACCACAGACUUUCCAGCUCGAAAAGUCGACCACCACCCAAUUGGCACAGUCAGGGUCCCUAGCUGCUGGAGCUCUUCCCCAGACUAUUGAGGACGCAUUGUUCCUAGCUCACUCGCUUGGGUUCAAGUAUAUCUGGAUCGACGCUCUAUGCAUCAUCCAAGAUUCCCCUGACAACAAAGCAACCCAACUUCCAGCCAUGAGCCAAAUAUACGGCUUUGCCACAUUCACAAUCGUGGCUGCAGCUGGUUCAAACGUGCACAAUGGCCUCCCCGGUCUUCAUCCCGGAACUCGCUCUCUCCAACAAAAAGAAGUCCUAGUAAAACCAUCCAACGAUGAUGGUCUCCCCGGAUUCUCAUUAGUGACAACUUUACAACCCCUAGCCCACAACUCCCACCACUACCUCGAAAGCACCGAAUGGAACAACCGAGGCUGGACAAUGCAAGAACGCGCCCUGUCCCGUCGGGUCCUAGUAUUCACUCGCGAACAAGUCUACUGGGCCUGUCGCGAAGCCUCAUGGCGCGAAGAAUCCAACUUCGAGAACCUAUCACUUCAAUGCCAUCGAUUCCACGAGAACGCCCUCGAACUAAGCCUCCGGUGGUCAUCCCCCCACAAUUCAACCCAACUAGAAAACCCCCAGUCCCAAUUCUGGAGGAUAUAUCAGACCCUCGUGACAAAGUACACUCGCAGAAGUUUCACCUACGGCGGAGACAUCUUCGAUGGCUUCUCAGCCCUCACUCAGGGCCUGUCAUCGCUCUCCGGCGAAGAAUUCAUCUGGUGCUUACCGCGCUCGUACUUCGAGCAGAGUCUUCUCUGGAGUUCCUUUACGGAACAGAGACGCCGGUUAGAAAAGUCCACACUCCCAAUGACAUCCAUGCAUAAACAAGUCCAUUUCCCGAGCUGGUCAUGGAUGGGUUGGGUCGGGGAAACUUCCAUUUAUAUAUGAGAUGAGCGGUUCGAUGCUGACUUGGGGUGAGUCCAUCCUAUCCCAUCCCAUCCCACACCAUCUAUCUACAACUCCAGAGUAUACACUAACCUGGACUGUACUGGACUAUCAGCGAAAUCCCCG